GUUACUUUCCAAAACUAUCAGGUUUAUAGUAUUGUUUGUAAUGUGGUGGCAGUGAUGGUGAGAGUAUAUUGACGUGACAACAGCGCCAGCUGUUACUACGUCGCGUAGUCGGAGGUUCCCGGCUGAGAACUUACAACAAUUAACUUCGUUACACAACUGAACAAAAAGCUACUUGGCACUUAUAUCAUUCCUCUAACUUCUUUGACAAUUGACUAACUCGAACUUACCACCGCAGUUGAUCUUCAGUGCCAUGAUUUCCUGAUCACCCCAAUGAAUCUUGAGCAUUAUUAGCUCCACCGACCAUGAAUAAUCCAAACUCUAUCAACCUCCCUCGGGCUAUAUUUAUUUUCAAUGUUUUCCAUUUAUUUUUUGCAGCGGCCAAGGCAUCACUAUUUCCUUUUCUUACUCUGUUUUACAGACAUCUUGGCCUCACUGCCACUCAAACAGGUUACCUUAUGGCUGCAAAAAUGCUUUCAACAUUUGUUUGGGUUCCUGUGUGGACAAAAUACUCCAUAAAAUUAAAAAAAAGACGCCUCUUCUUAGUUUUCUCGAUAAUAAUGAUGUUAGCUACAAACCUUUCUAUCUGGCUAGUAUCUGGUUCUAUCGACACAUUUUUAAAAGAUAAUUGUCUUUUACUAGAAGCUAAACAGCAUAUGCUGGCUUCUAAUGCAACACUAUCAGCUUCAAAAUCCCAUCAAAAUGUAACUCCAAUCUUUUCAUCAACUACUGAAUUUCCAAACAUUUAUAUGAAAAACAAUGAGACACAAGAACCUGUUCUUAAUAUAACAGAAUAUUUCUCAACAUUGGUAACAAAUCCUCUUUAUUCUAAGACUUCAAGUGGAAAUGAUUCAGAAACCACUAAUGAAACAGACUCGUACUUUCAGUCAACUGAGACCCUGUCUAAAAAUGGAAAAUUAAAUAAAUAUUGGAGCACAAGUAAAGAAUUACCUGCUGUAUUAAAUGGAAGUCUACAAAAUGAUGAUACACACCUGCAAGUAAGCAAGGCACCACAGGAGUGGGUAAAGCGGAAUGUUCAGCCACAGUCUACAACCAAUCCUCUUGAAACAUCAACAACAAUGGAUUCUACAAAUGGAUCUUGGAAUAUGCAGUUUAUGUGGCAAGGCUUCAAGGCUUGGAUUCAGGAUGUAAAGGCAAAUGAACAGACUCAAGUCUUUUUUAUAUUAUUAACAAUAAUAUUAAUUGGAGAGAUCUUUGGUUCUGCUGCAGAAAAAAUUUCUGAUGACUGUUGGUAUGAUCUUCUUGAUUCUUUAGAUAUACUUGAAAAAUAUGGCUCACACCGUAUUUGGAGUUCUUUGGCUUUCCUCUUGGUGCCUACUGGAAUUGGAGUGCUAGUUGACCAUACUCAGUGCCAACUACCUUUACAUAUGAACCAUAUUCUCAUACACUGCUUUGCAUUUGCUGCUUUUCUGAUUAUUUCAUUGUGUUUCGCUUUUGUGUUUCCUUCACCAACAUUUGAAAAGUGCAUUCCUGCAAUACGCCACAGGAAAGGAAUUGAAGUAACAUGUUUUGGCUGUCAUGGUUUUGUGUAUAUGAUGACAGUUUUUGUAAUGGGUGCUGUUUAUUCAACUAUAAGCAAUUUCUUAUUCUGGUACCUUGAAGACAUUGGAAGCAAUGAAACCAUUAUGGGUUUAUGCAUACUUGUGAAUACUUUCUCAGAAAUACCAGUGUUACUCUAUGGAGAUUACCUGGUACGAUACUUGGGUCCAGCAGGAACAACGUGUUUUUCAAUGGUUUUCUGCAGUAUAAGAGUUUUUGUUUACAGCUUUGUCUAUUCUCCUUGGUACUUCCUUCCUCUGGAAGUGCUUCAUGCUUUAACACACACCACUCUGUGGUAUGCUGUGUUCAGCAACCCUAUCUUUAAUAUCAGCCCUGAUGUUGAUCGCACUAUUCGUAAUAUUUUGUCUUCUGUUUAUUUUGGAAUUGGUUUCUCUGCUGGAAGUAUUGCAUCUGGUUAUGUUGUGGGCAGUUAUGGAAUUGCAGUCCUUUUUCGUGUUGUUGCAGGAAUUUGUUUAGUAUGGUGUAUAGUGUUCUUCUUUAUUGAAAAGUACAUGCCACGUGAAAAGUCAGUUCGUUACCAACGUUUACUGCAGAUGGAUGAAGGAAAUAACAGUGAUGAUUCAUCUGCUGUGGAAGCUGAUUGGUUAGAACAAGCAAUGAAGAGUAACUGAAAUCACCCAGUGUUGAAGAUGUGAAUCAGAAACUUUCUGACAUUAUAAUUACAUUUAUUUUAUGUAUUAUUUAUUUUACAUGAAUGUAUGUAUUUAUCUGAUAUGCAAGUAUGUAUAUAAUCACACAUGAGAAUAUUUUUAUGAGUAUAAACAUUCAUUCACUCAUUUAUACAGAGGGAGGUUGAUAAACUAUUUUCAGUAUUUGAUAUAUAUUUGUAUAAAAAUGUAUAGAGGUUGUGUGUAACAAGUUGACAAUUAGAUUUUGUGGUGUUUCUUUUGUUUGUUUACUUUUUAUUGUUUUACACUCAUCCAUAAUACAUGCAACAAAACCUCAGGUAUAAAUAACUUACUGCUCAAAAUCUUACUGACACAUUAUAUAUAUGAAUAUAUCUAUAUAUUCCCUUGCAAUUUCACUUGAUUUAUUUCAUGAUGAGGUAAAACCUUUAAAAAAAAGAAGUAAUAACUUCAUUCAUAAUGUUAAUAAAAAUUUUUCUGUCAUAUUAAAUGUUAAAACCAUAAAGUUGAAUAAAAGUUAUUGGUUCUGGUGAACAUCUGAAGGUCAGUUCCAGUAUGAAAACUACAAAAACUGUAACUAUUGAUCAUUUGAAUUUGAUAGGUUGUACAUUGAGGGUUCAUAACAGAACUGGAGAGCAAGUCAGAUUAGAUGUAAAAGAAGAGCCGAAUUCUUGUUAAAUUUCAUCAGAUAUUACAAAUAUCAAGAACAACCAAAUUCUUUCAAAUUUUUCCUUCUCCAAUAUAUAACACAUUAGAGAUCAUUAAUUCACAUAAAAUGCAUUUUGAUUUACUACAAAAUCUCUAAAAUAUCAGCAGAGCAAAAAAAAAACAAAAAAACUCUUGUGAAAACAUUAAUUUCUGUAAUAGUUGAAUGACAGUGAGUUAGAAGAAAUUGAUUAUUAAUGUAUGAAUAUAAAUAUCAGUUGCAUUAUAUGGCAUAACAGAAUGUGGUGGAUUGGCAAGAUCAUUUAUAUAUUGGAUAAAAUCCUUCAUAUUUCUUCGAGCUUUUUAUGUUCUGAGUUCAAAUCCUACCAAGGUCACCUUUGCCUUUCAUUCCUCUGGGGUCAAUAUAAUUGUCUAACCCUACUCCCCCUCAAAGUUGCUGGCCUUGUACCUCACUUAGAAACAUUUCACAUUGCAAUAACAUAUUCUAAAACCCUAAAAUGUAUUCAUUUUUAAUUUCAAGCAAAAUCACAAAAAAAAAAAAAAGAAAGAAAGAAAAAAACCCCUCAAAAUAUUCUGAGUUAAUUUUUUAAAUCUUUUUCUUGGAUUUCAUCUCUUGCUAACUCAAAAUUUAGAAAGUUUGGAGUGCAAUGUUACAGGGAAGAUGAAUAGAAAGAUGCUAUGUUAUAAAAACAACCCAGUGCACAUAACAAGAAUGAAUUAAAAUGAUAGCAAAUUAUUGCAAUUAUCACCGGCUUAAAAAAGGUUCCCUAAUUCUUCUUUAUUCUGACACCCUGCAUUUUGAAUUCAAAUCCCAUUGAAGUGAGCUUUGUCUUUCAUCUUUCUGCAGUUGAUAAAGCAUUAGUCUAGGGUUUUUGGAUAGGUAGAAAUGUUCAAGCACUAGAUGAAAAACCUUGUAGUAUUUGUUCUGGUUCUUUAUGUUCUGAGUUAAAUCCUGCCAUCACUUACUUGGGUGGUAGACUUAAUCCAUUACCUAGUUUAACAAAGUGCCUUUAGAAGAGUUCACUCUGUUGAAAGCAUUCAGGCCAUGUCUUUAGUUUGAGGAUACCUUCCCCUCUCCUUCCAGUCUUGGAGGCUCUGUAAGGGAUUAUGAGGAUUGCCUUUCCCUCUCAACUGAGAGAUAAAAAAACAAUCAAGUGAGAGUCUUGGUGCUAAAAACAAGUUGAGAGGAAUAUUGCAAUCAUUAAAUUCACAAAGAUCAAAAUUCAACAAAUGCCAUUUUGAUGCAAUAUAACCAAAAUUCUCAUAGGGGUCACUAAAGAUGAGAACAGACCCUAUCAUCAGGUAGGACAAGGGGUGUGUGGAGAGGAAGCAGCUCUCAUAACAGUCAGAAUUGUAAAGAAUAAUGUAUACUAAACCCUGCAGCUGACACAAGAAUAAAGAAAAAAAGAGUGCUUGAUCCAUGUCAGCAUUUUUACACUUUCCUGAUCUCCCUACUCAUGCACCCUGAGUACUCCUUUACCAUUCCAUUUAUGUUCACAAUUUUGUACCUUGAGAGUAUGCCCUGGCAGAUCUCUACCAUCUCUCUCUCACUCUGAUUGGGAUAACCAUGUAUCUCCUCUGCAGCAAGACACCUAUUUCUGUCCCUUUACCAUAGUUUAACCUCUCGUCACCUGACACAAAGCCAUCUCCUUCAAUACCACUCCCCCUCUCAGUCGAAGGAUCUUUGUCUUGCAAGUUAUGUAGUAACCUUGCCAGUGCAGUGCUGGUGCCACUUAAAAAGCAGCCAGUUCGCUCUGUAAAGUGGUUGGCAUUAGGAAGGGCAUCCAGCCACCAAACCAUGCUGAAGCAGACUUCACUGGUGUUGGUACCACAUAAAAAGCAGCCAGUCCAUUCUGUAAAGUAGUUGGCAUAAGGAAGGGCACCCAGCUGCAAAAACCAUGCCAAAGUAAACUGUAGAGCCUGGUGCUCAACCCAUGCUAGCAUGGAAAACAGACAAAUGAUGAUAGGGCCUGCUAUUUUUACAUGAAAAAGUGAUGAAUCACAUAGGUGCUCCUUUAUUAGCAUGUAAUUUGAUGAUUUUAGUAGGAACAGAGUUAUGUAUUAAAAUUGUCUGCUAAGUCAGAAACUGAAGUAGAACCAAAGAAUUAGCUGCCAGUUUGAAUUUGGAAGUAGUUGAAAAUGCAAAUAUAAGGAAAGCUAAAUGUUAUUUAGGAAAUUAUAAGAAUAUACUCUUCCUAUGUCUUUGUUUUGAUACAGAAAUUGCCAGAGUAGUGGUAAGUACAAGUUUUUCAAAGAUAGCAAAACAACUAAAGAAACAUUUGUAUUUUUA